AUGGUGCUGCGAAUCACAGUCAUCAAUGCACGUUUUCUGAGAGAAGCAGUUCAAGCAGUGCCAGUGGCCGGGUCGGGAAUGGUGAUAAUGAUUUGGAGCCCCGAGUAUUUCGCCGUGCAAUCCGUGUUUGCAGAGAAGAUGCCUGAAGGAGAAAACCCCCUGACGCUUCUCAAGAUCUCUCCCGAGGGUUUCACCUCUUACGACUCCACAGAUCGCUUCUUCAAUGCGGCCGUUGAAGCUGCGGAGCUCGAAGCCGUGUUUCACACCGCCAAGGAUUCCGACCCUAUCGAGUUCUACCAAUCUGUUGAAGAAGACAAUGGACUAAAUGAGUUCGGUUACCUUCAUGCGCGCUUCAACAGGCCUGUAGGGCUAGUCUCAUCAGGAGCUUUCAUGAAUGAUUACAUUCCCAUGAAAAUUUAUGGUAUCUUUCCUGAACGAGUGCUUCAAGCUGCUGAUGUAUCGCACGAUCCAUCUCUCAUUCAAUAUCCACCCGCGGCUGUAUUUGUUGCAAGACAUUUUGCGCACUACAUUGCUACUUUGGAGACCUUCGGGAUGACAGCUACCAUAACUGUUCUUGAUAAUGAAGUGUUUUUCACUACCGAAGCAAGACCUUUGGACCCGCUGAUUAUGCCCCAAAAGCUAGCUGGUUGUUGCGCGCAGGCUGGGCUGAUUUCUACGAGGGAAGAUUGUGGCAUUAAGCCGGUUCGGUUUGACGUUCAUAUGCAGAACCUGGACAUUCAGCCUGGUGCAGCCGUGUCGGAUGAAGUUUCAUUGUACAAACGAACGGAUACAGUGUUCUUGUUUUGGUUCAGACUUGCCACGCCCAAGACGUUUCUCAAGGGACACAUCAUCUACUACUUCUACUGAAACUGGCCUGGAUU